AAAAAUGGCCACACUUCUGAUAAAUUUAAAACAUUGUAGCCGCAGAAACUAAACAACUAAAGAAAGAAAGAAAUCAUAGCAAUAUGAUUUAAAGUAUCAAUCAAAUGUCUUCAACUGCAAGCAACACGGCACAUAGUGUUGGAGGUAGCAUGGUGGCCAUGCAAGGCAUGGACUGUGUGGCCAUUGCUACGGAUCAUGCGGCUGACAAUAAUUUGUUCAGAGUAAGUCGCCGUUUGUUUUGUGGGUUCGAAGGGCCCAAGAAUGAUAUUAUAGCCGUGUGCAUGAACAUCCGCCAGAAGUUGCGAUUACAGGUGAUAACGCCAGACAUAUAUAUCAAGAAUCUGUCCAACAUAUUGUACGAACAACGCCCGAAACCCUAUCAAGUGGACUGCAUUGUGCUUGGCCUCCAGCCCGGUACAAUGAGGCCGUUCAUUUCCACGCUGGAUAUGCUUGGAGUCCCAAAUGAACUGGACGACUUCGUUGCAAUUGGAAAGCGCAGCCCGCAGCUUCAUGCUACGUGCGAGGCUCUGUGGAAACCAAAGAUGGAACCUGCGGAUCUGUUGCAGACUAUUUCGUCAUCCAUUUUGGCGGAUACCGACCCCAAAGUAACCAUUGGUGCCCUUGUCUAUGUUGUUGAAAGAGGCAGGAUAACAGAGUCCACAGUGGAGAUUGAAGAGGACUAGGCAACUUAAUAUAAUUCUGUGUGACAUAUUGUUUAGGAAAUCAAAAAAAAAAAUCACGCAAAAUAAAAUGCGCUCAAACUGCACACAAACACACACACA